UCUGAGGAAUGAAUGAAUGGAAUUCUCUUUCAGAUUGGGGAAGAAACUAUCUCAGUCUUUUUUACACACAAUUUCUGGGCACUUGAAGCUCUCACCUUCUCGAAAUCUCACACAAAUAUUACAAAAAUCCAAGAACCAAUCCAACGCUCUGAGAGUCCUUGACCUCAUCACCCCAAAACCAACCUCCACUGCAUCUCGUCGCCAAGGCCAUCUUCGCCUCAUUCAGGACGUUCUACACUCAGAUUCCGAUCAACUCAGCAACCCUUCUUCUUUCUCUGGUUCUCAUUCAUCAAUACAGUUCUCUAAUUUAUUUGAUCAGCUAUUCGAUUUUAGCCCAGUUGAUUCUCAUUCAUACCCAGAAAGCUUUACAAUUGAUGCGAGUGUUAUAUCACAUGUUAUAAGUUCUUGUGGGUCUAAGCGUGAUCUUCGUGGCGGGGUUCAGCAUCACUGUGCUGCAGUACGAAGUGGGUUUGGGGCCAAUGUUUAUAUAGGAAGCUCUUUGAUAAGUUUGUACGGUAAAUGCAGUGAGUUGGAGAAUGCGUAUAAGGUGUUCGAUGAAAUGCCUGUGAGAAAUGUGGUGUCAUGGACAGCCAUUAUUUCAGGGUUUGCACAAGAGUGGCAGGUUGAUGUGUGCUUGGAGCUUUUCAGUGAAAUGAGAAGCUCCGGAUCGAAGCCGAAUGAUUUUACGUAUGCCAGUGUUCUGAGUGCUUGCACAGGCAGUGGAGCUCUGGGGCAAGGGAGAGGUGCUCAUGGCCAAACGAUUCGAAUGGGUUUCGAUUCGUAUGUUCACAUUACUAAUGCUUUGAUGUCGAUGUACUGCAAAUGUGGCGCUGUUAAGGAUGCGCUUUACAUUUUUGAAAAUCUGGAUGGCAAAGACAAUGUGUCUUGGAACUCCAUGAUUGCAGGGUAUGCCCAGCACGGGCUCGUGCUGCAGGCCAUUGAUCUUUUUGAAGAAAUGAAGAAGCGAGGCGUGAAACCCGACGCCAUUACUUUACUCGGGGUGCUCUCUUCGUGUCGCCACGCGGGUCUUGUAAAAGAAGGUCGGCAUUACUUCAAUUCGAUGGUCGAAGAACAUGGCAUUCAGCCUGAACUAGAUCAUUAUUCGUGCAUUGUGGAUCUCCUUGGUCGGGCAGGUUUAUUGCACGAGGCUCGAGAUUUCAUUGAAAAGAUGCCUAUUCGUCCCAACGCCGUUAUUUGGGGCUCGCUUCUGUCUUCUUGUAGGGUUCAUGGGAGCGUCUGGAUUGGCAUUGAGGCUGCAGAGAGCAGGCUAUUGAUGGAGCCAGGGUGUGCUUCUACCCAUGUGCAAUUGGCAAACCUGUACGCUAGUCUGGGUUGUUGGGAUGAAGCAGCAAGAGUAAGAAAACUGAUGAAAGACAAGGGAAUCAAGACAAGUCCUGGGUUCAGCUGGAUUGAGAUCAGUAACGAAGUUCACAGAUUUAGAGCAGAAGACAGUUCAAACCCCAGAAUGAUUCAAAUAAUUGGAGUCUUGGAUAGUUUGGCAGACCACAUGGUCCGCCUCAAAACUUCAGGUUGUGAGCUUCAAAUGCAAGAGGAAGAGGAUGCUUCAUGAUGCUUUAUGUAUACCAGUUUUAACUUGUAUACCAUCAAUUGGAGGUUGAAUAGAAAAUUCCUGUAGAUUGUGCCUUUACCACACUAUGCAAAUGUAAUCCAAUAAUGGUGUAAUAUAGGCAAUACGAUCACAUUUUGCUGUGAUA